AGGGGGCAGAAGAGUUACUUGUGGGAAGGAGGGGAAGAUGUGACAGAGUUGGCAGGUUGGUGAGUGAGUGCAAUAAGGCAGAUAGUGGGGACCCCGGGGCCCAAGGAGGGACUGUGGGCACAGAUACAGUCAGAGAUCUGGAUAAGGAAGGCUGUGUGGCAGCUCCCGCAGGAGGAUUCGCUGGAAGUGCAUCUCCCACCCCAUAGGAGCCAUGGAUUAUACCACUCUGACCACACAGGAGCCCCUCCCUAAUUAUACAGAGUCAGCUCUUGCAAGCACUUCUGAGGACUCAGAGUUCCUGUAUGGUCUGGGGGGUGAAAGCAGCCCUGGUCAUUAUGGGGGGACAGUGAGCUCCCGAGCAGUGGGGGGAUUCCGACAUUCUCCAGUGCUUCAGACAUUCCCUUUACAUUGGCCAGAAACCAGUGUUGGGAUCCCCCACAGCCUGACAGCAUAUGGGAGAAGCCCAGGAACAGUGCCUUUAUACCCCUCAGCUGCUUCGUCCUUUGGCCCUAUUACGUCUCCUCCUUUGUACAAUGCUGCUCCUUUCUUGUUGGGCUCAGCUCCUCCAGCAGAGCAUGAAGGUAGUCCAAAGUUCCUGGAGACCUUAAAGACGGAGAGGACAAGCCCACUGACCACUGAUCUUUUGCCCUUGGAAUCAAGAAGCCCCAGUUUGCCCCAGGUGGGGUAUCUAGGAGUAGGAGGACAGGAGUUCAGCCCCAGUCUGUUUCAGUCAACAGAAGAUCGCGAGUGUGUGAACUGUGGAGCCACAGUGACUCCAUUGUGGAGGCGAGAUCUGAGUGGGCACUACCUGUGCAACGCCUGUGGCCUGUACCACAAAAUGAACGGACAGAAUCGUCCACUAAUACGACCAAAGAAACGCCUGAUCGUCAGUAAGAGAGCUGGAACCCAGUGCAGUAAUUGCCACACAAGCACCACCACCCUGUGGAGACGGAAUGCAAGCGGAGACCCUGUCUGUAACGCCUGUGGCCUCUAUUACAAGCUCCACAAUGUGAACCGCCCCCUGACGAUGAAGAAGGAGGGGAUCCAGACGAGGAACCGAAAGGUGAGCAGCAAGUCCAAAAAGAAGAAGCAGCUGGACAAUCCCUUUGAGCCUCUGAAGGCGGGAGUUGAGGAACCAUCUCCGUAUCCCUUCGGGCCUCUUCUCUUCCAUGGCCAGAUGCCACCAAUGGGACACAUGAUCACUCCCUCACACCACCUUAUUCAGUCACCGAGAAUGUCUCAUUCCGCUUCAGCUGUCGGCUAUCGACAUGCGACAACAGGGGUAUUGCCCCCCCUUAGUUAACAUAAAGGGACAGUUUCUGAGGGAAGGGUUCUAUGCCAUGACCCAUGAAGGCCACCUCCCCACCAGUCUUGAAACGUCAGAAAGCAUCUUGUCACCAAUACACUGUGGACAGACUCUACCAUUUGCUUAAAACGUGUGCUCACCCCACCAUCCCUCAGCCACCCUACGCCACAAGCAAUAUCUCCCCACCUAGCUGCCAGCUUUUGGGCCACACCUACACAUUGGUGGGAGGACCUUCCCCCAGAGACAAACUCUUCUAGAUAAUGGCAUGUGACCUCUCUAGGGCCCCUAGAUUUCACCACAUUUGUAUCGGAAUUAGCCAAGGGAGGGGUUCUAGUACAGCCCAAUGGGUGCCCCCAUGCCAGUGGGUGUGUCACCCACAGUUGCCCAUUAUGGUGUAGGGUAUAGGGUUGCCUCAUAAAUGUACAUACACUGACCUUUAUAUUGAUACACACCCGCUGCUUAUACCCUGGCAUAUCCUCUAAGGCAAAACGAGUGCGGUGCCCGGACAGCGCCGGGUGGUACCCGCAGAUGGGCCCAAGCUGAUGUUCCAGGCGACUAUACACAAAGCAUGAUACUUGUCAAAUCUUUUCCUUACAAUAAAGAAGAACUUUUUCGUUC